CAUUGUUUUGACUCAAAUUGGUAAACAAAGGUUUGAUUUAUUUAUUUUGAAUUGGGAUAAGACUUGCAGACUUUUUAAUGUAAUGUUUAAUACUAUGUUAAGCGUUUGAUCCACAAAUUCUUUUUAAUUUGACACUUCAAAUUCUGAUUGCUAAUUUUAAAUGAGUUGUUUUUCAUAAGGUUUCAUAUGGUAUGCAAAUGUGAAGCAGGUUUUAAAAUAAAACUCCCUUGUGAUUUAAAUUGCUGUGUUUAAAAUGGAAGAAAGUAACUUAAUUUAUGGAUUGGAGCUACAGGCGCGAGCCCUUACACCCCAAUAUGGUGAGGGCAAUGAUGUUUGCUUUUUUAUAGCCACAAACUCGUUGAAGCCAACGAAUCAGUUGCACCUGCUGCAAUACGAUGAGGAACAAGGAACCAUUCAGUCCAAGAUCUUUGAGCACGCACUGGGGGAAGUGUGGAAGCUGAAUAGUUGUCCCCACGAUGCCCGUUUGUUGGCUUCUGUGUAUAAUGUACAAAAGGGAGCACAGGUCCUCUCCCAGUCAGCAUUAUUGACGCUGCCGGCUGAAGAUGCAAAUGCCUCCGCCAGCGAACCAAUUAAAAGCGAAUAUAUACCUUGGGCACAGGUCGAGGUGCUGGAUACUGCCGAAUUGGGUGAACGCGUUAAGACAGUGGAAUUUCAUCCCACUCAAGAGCAGACCUUGGCCUGCGUUGUGGGCAAUAAAUUGGCUGUCAUGCAACGAGCCGAGGCAUCCACUCGAGUCGUCGCCGAAGUCAGCAUCAGUGGCAGUGGCAGCAACAGUAGCAGUGGCUCCAAGCAUCUAACGCCAUUUAGCAAUGGCAAAUGGUCGCAUCAUCAUCAGGGUCAUCAGUUUCUGGCGCUGCACGAUGCAAGUGUGCGAGCGUACGAUGUACGCGACACCCAACACUGCGCCUGGAGUAUCGAGGAUGCACAUGGUCAGUUUGUGCGCGACCUGGACUGUAAUCCGAAUAAACAAUGUCAUCUGGUCACCGGUGGCGAUGAUGGUUGCCUAAAAGUGUGGGAUUGUCGUAUGGUCAAAGCGCCCGUCUUUGAGCGUAGCGAUCAUUCCCACUGGGUGUGGUCUGUGCGCUUUAACACAUUUCACGAUCAGCUACUAUUGUCCAGCUCAAGUGAUUGCAAGGUGCUGCUGACCUGUGCCGGAUCGGUUAGUUCCGAGACACAGGCAACUGAAACGGGCGAGGGAAUUGCUCAGGAACGGCAUAAGGUGUUGUCGGAUGGCCUGUUGCAGACCUUCGAUCAGCAUGAGGACUCCGUCUACUGUGCCGAGUGGAGUAAUGUGGAUCCUUGGAUUUUUGCAUCGCUAAGCUACGAUGGACGCGUUAUCAUCUCAAAGGUACCCAAGCAAUACAAGUACCAAAUUAUUUUUUAACCU